AUGUUCAAAUUCCUCAAAGACGUUGUUGGCGGAUCUGGAACCGGCAUCAAAGAUCUCCCUUACAACAUCGGCGAACCUUAUCAUUCCGCUUGGGGUUCGUGGAUUCACCACCGCGGCACUUCCAAGGAUGACGGUUCACCGGUUUCGAUUUUUACUUUAUCUGGAAGUAAUGCUCAGGAUGGACAUUUAGCUGCGGGUCGAAAUGGAGUCAAGCGUCUACGAACUGUUAGGCAUCCAAAUAUUUUGUCGUUUCUUCAUAGUACCGAGAUCGAAACUUUUGAUGGUGGUUCUUCUAAGGUCACGAUAUAUAUUGUGACUGAACCUGUGAUGCCAUUGUCUGAUAAGGUUAAGGAGUUGGGACUUGAAAGUACACAAAGGGAUGAAUAUUAUGCUUGGGGACUGCUUCAGAUAUCGAAAGCCGUAAGCUUCUUAAAUAAUGAUUGUAAACUUGUUCAUGGCAAUGUUUGCUUGGCUAGUGUUGUUGUCACCCAAACUCUGGACUGGAAACUUCAUGCUUUUGAUGUUCUAUCAGAGUUUGAUGGGAGCAAUGAGACAUCCUCACAGAUGCUGCAAUAUGCAUGGCUUGUUGCAACUCAAUACAAAUCAAUGGAGCUGGCAAAAUCUGACUGGGCUGUAAUUAAGAAGUCUCCUCCGUGGGCCAUUGAUUCUUGGGGCAUGGGCUGUCUUAUUUAUGAGCUAUUCUCUGGUUUGAAGUUGAGCAAAACAGAAGAGUUACGUAACACUGCCUCCAUUCCCAAGUCUCUGCUUCCAGAUUACCAGCGGCUACUGAGUUCCACACCUUCUCGUAGAUUGAAUACUUCAAAGCUUAUAGAAAACAGUGAGUAUUUUCAAAAUAAGUUGGUAGACACAAUACAUUUCAUGGAAAUUCUCAGUUUGAAAGAUAGUGUUGAGAAGGACACCUUCUUCCGCAAGCUUCCAAAUUUAGCAGAGCAGCUUCCUCGUCAGAUUGUGUUAAAGAAGUUACUUCCUUUAUUAGCUUCUGCCCUUGAAUUUGGUUCAGCUGCUGCCCCUGCGCUGACUGCAUUGUUGAAAAUGGGUUCGUGGCUUUCAGCUGAGGAGUUUCGUGUCAAGAUUCUUCCAACAAUAAUUAAACUCUUUGCCUCCAACGAUCGAGCUGUCCGUGUUAGCCUUCUCCAACAUAUUGAUCAAUUCGGAGAGUCAUUAUCAGCUCAAGCUGUUGAUGAGCAGGUUUACCCUCACGUUGCUACUGGUUUCUCUGAUACAUCUGCUUUUUUGAGGGAACUUACUCUCAAGUCCAUGUUAGUUCUGGCUCCGAAACUGUCUCAAAGGACCUUGUCUGGGUCAUUAUUAAAGCAUCUGUCGAAGUUACAGGUUGAUGAAGAGGCAGCGAUACGAACAAAUACUACUAUCUUGUUAGGAAAUAUUGCAAGUCACUUAAAUGAAGGGACAAGAAAAAGAGUGUUGAUUAAUGCAUUUACUGUCCGUGCUUUACGUGAUACCUUUCCACCUGCUAGAGGAGCAGGCAUUAUGGCUUUAUGUGCCACCAGUUCUAACUAUGACAUCAAUGAAAUUGCCACUCGGAUUCUUCCUAAUGUUGUUGUCCUCACAAUUGAUCCUGACAGUGAUGUUCGAUCUAAGGCAUUUCAAGCUAUUGAUCAAUUUUUGCAGAUUGCAAAGCAACAUUAUGAAAAGACAAACACAUCAGAGGCUACUGGGGAUGCAGGCACGGGAAGCUCAUCAAUUCCAGGAAAUGCAAGUUUACUUGGAUGGGCUAUGAGCUCCUUGACCCUGAAGGGCAAACCUUCUGAUCACGCACCAGUUGCUUCUGUGAGUUCGAGUGCCGUUACAUCAACAUCUUCUAAUGCCAGCUUAGUUGUAGAUACUCCUUCACCAGCACCCAUCCGUGUAAAUUCCACACCAGAUUUCACUGAGCACCAUGCCCCUACAUCUCCUACAUCAACGGAUGGCUGGGGGGAACUAGAAAAUGGAAUCGACGAGGAACCUGAAAAUGACAAGGAUGGGUGGGAUGAUCUUGAACCACUCGAAGAUACAAAGCCAGCUCCAGCUCUUAUCAACAUUCAAGCAGCUCAAAGGCGACCAGUUUCUCAACCAGUUUCACAUACAAAAGCUUCAAGUAUACGACCCAAAAGUACACCAAAGUUGAGCAAGGAUGAAGAUGAUGAUUUGUGGGGUGCCAUAGCAGCUCCUGCUCCAAAAACAUCAAAACCUUUAAAUUUGAAAUCAGCUGCAACUGAUGAUGAUGAUCCCUGGGCGGCCAUUGCAGCUCCUGCGCCCACUACAAGGGCCAAGCCUUUAUCAUCUGGCAGAGGUCGGGGAGCCAAACCUGCUGCUCCAAAAUUAGGUGCUCAGAGGAUAAACAGGACAUCAUCGUCCGGGAUGUAA